AGUUGGAGAGCGCUCAUGAGCGACGACGAUCAUGGAAAGCAGCAAGCUGUCUCCAAAAUCUCAAGAGGUCGCCUUCGCUCUUGUUUCCACCUCGGAGUCGCAAGAGCCUAGCCUGGCUUCCUCCGAAAGACCUCCGAUACUUGGUCUUGAUUCAUUCAUCCUCCCAUCCUCGCCAGUCAAACCGUCUCCACAGAGGUGUCCCCUGGUCAUUGAUUGCCAUUCAUGUCGGCACUCAUCCCGGCCUCCAGAGUUGCUGGACGGCGUAUCCUGAAAAGCGCCACUCUCAAGGGGCAGAAGCAUGCUCGACGAGCAGCGGUGGACCUACCGACAGUGUCCAGCUCGGCAUGGUCCAGAAAGAUCACAACCACCUCCGCCACCUCCAACGGUCAUGGUCUUCAAGCUGUACUUGUGAAGGAUGUAGUCACGCCAGGGAACACAGAUGCUCUCUCAGAUGUGCCUCGUCGGCCAUUGCCAUUGUCUAUGCAGCAAACGGCAGCGCGACUGGCCGAUACGCUCGAGCUCCUGGAGGGCGAAAUCGGAGGUAACCCGGAGUGGAGCAGACGGAUAGAGUCUGCUUUAGAGGAGCUUGGAUCGGGAUUGAGUAGAAAAGGACGACUCGCGGUGUACGGGUCCCCGGAAUCCGGGUUCCGUACAGUUGUUACCACUCUUCUCGCCGACCCUCUGACACAGUCGGAUGAAGCACGAAAAGCCAUUUUGGACAGGGCGAACGAGGAAAUUGGGGAAACCUUUGUGACCAGUUAUGGAGACAGCGUGGGAAGAGAUGUCAACGGUCUAGUGGUCGAUUCACCUUGGCUUAGAGACGCCGCUGUGGACGUUCACGAGGUGACCACUCGUGAUACUUCUCGUGCUAUAUCUACCCUACUUGAGAGUGAUGUUGUCCUCCUCGUCCUAGAUCCCGUCCGACUUCUCGACACUCCCGAGAUCACAGCGAUCCUUUCGGACUUGUUAGGCAAACCCGACGUCUACUUCAUCGUCAACGGGGAGAUCGAAUCGAACGGGUUGAGGGAUGUUGGUGCAAGUCUGGAUCAGGAGCAGGCUAGACGGGUUACCAGGAAACUUUUGGAGGAUCAAUUGCGGUCGUCGAGGUCGGCUUUCGGUCUGGCAGAGAAGGCGGCGCAGGAAAAGAUCGUCUUCCUGUCCACGCAUAAAGCGCUCCGCUCGAUGGAUGCAUUAAGAUCGACGCUGACGGUUGGAGAAACCAUUGCGCUGAACUCGUCAGAACACGCCUUUGCCAAGUUCAGGGAAGAAUACCUCGAGAGCAACCUCGGAGCAGUCUCUGCCGGUCUUCUUGGUGAUAUUAGAGCUGUACGGGAGCGUGCGGACAUAUCGGGAGGAGUGUAUGAGGGUACAUACGCUUGGCUCGCCGAGUCGGCGUCGAGGUACAUUCUGCGGAACUUGGCGGACGUGCUGGAUGAGACCCGCGAGAUUGAGGCUCUCUGCGCUCAACAUGCGGACCUCCUCUCCCGGAAGAGGCAGGAGCUCCGCCGAGAUACCUUUACGUCCGGCGAGGCGAUCAAAGAGGAGAUGGAUAGGGCCAAAAGGGGCGUUGAAGAGGUCUUGCGGAAGAGGCUCGUGUGGUGGAAAGUCAUGAGUUGGAGGGUAGACAUGGUGGCCGAGGAGGUUGGCAGGGAGGUCGAGGAACGAUGGGCAGUAGAAUUGACACAAAAGCUGGCUUUCGAAGCCGGGCGACUUCAGGCUAUUCAGAAGAACCUAAACGCAAAAAUGUUCGAUGUUUUGUCGAAUUUCUCGCCUGAAACCUCCGCGCAAAGGGCUCCCAACACCGCCCACCCUUACCACUCGCCUCUGUUCCUCAACCGGCUACAACGACUGGCAUUUGAAAACGACAUAACACCAACUUCGCUCCUGAACCCUGUUCUUGCUCGCCGGAAUCAACUCUUACGGUUUUCAGUACCCAUGCUACAGGCUCGUGCUCACAAGAUGACGUGGACGACAAUCUCGCUAUCCUUCCUCUUCUCUUCGGCGGCCUGGACGACUGCCGUGCCUCUCGAACUGAUUACUCACUCGACGGGUCUCGCGGCGGGUCUAUUGGGCUCACUAGCGAGCGUACGAUGGGGAGUGGGUCUUUGGGCUAAAGCGCAGAAGAAGUUUUGGCAAGAUUGGAGUCGCGUUGAAGAAGGUCUCGAGGAGGACCUGGGUGGAGAUCUCGAACGGCUCCUCGGGCAGGUGGAAGGUGUCGGUCUAGCAGGACUGAAGGGCGUUCAAGAGAUGGUCGUUCGACGGCAGAAGAGGGCUGACAAGGUGGAUGUUGCAUUACGACAACUGGAAUUUACGGAGGAUCGGGACGUUCGACAUGAUGAGGUGGUCGAGCGUGUGACGGCUUAGAUCAAGCUUCUCUCAUUCGAGGGAAUUGUACUUAACAUAGAAGGGAUAUACCGAUACGAUGCGGUAGCCUCGCCAAUACCCGGAAGAAAAGGCUACGCGAGGUUUAUGCAUGUUUACAUCGUAUUGAUGAA